AUGCCGCGCUUCUUCAAGCGCAUGUUCAAGUUCCCUCAGAUGGACUUUGAGAUGGCCGCAUGGGAGAUUAUGAGCCUGAUAAUAGCGCCCAAGAAGGUGUUUCGCCAGAUAUUCUACCACAAACAAACAACAAAGACAUACCACCGACCCGACCCAUCCUUCACAUAUCUGCUCUCCUUCUUCCUUACUCUCACCUCCCUCGCCUGGGGUUUCGCAUACGCCGAUGGUUUCACACAGACCCUCCACAUAAUGCUCGUUUUUAUUUUUGGGCACUUCUUGCUGCUCUCGCUUGUCGUAGCCACUCUAUUCUUCUUCCUUGUAGGCCGAUUACUGGGCCCAGACAAUACACUGCUGCCAGGCCGACGAAGAGGCCUAUACAACCUUGGCGAAGACUCUGGCAAGGAAGAGCUGGAGUUUGGCUACUGCUGGGAUGUGGCCAUUAGGGCUUUCGUACCAGUUUGGGUCUUUCUCUACGUUGUGCAGUUUAUCUGUAUGCCUCUAGUAGGAACGCAGCACUGGUUCUCACUCCUCCUAUCCAAUACGCUCUAUCUACUCGCAUUGAACUACUACUUCAUCAUUACCUUCCUGGGCUAUAAAGAGCUGCCCUUCCUACACCACACAGAGUUGUUACUAGUACCAGUUGCCGUCAUGGCUAUACUCUGGUUUGCAUCUCUUUUUGGUCUCAACAUGUCAACCCAUUUUGCCCCAGUGUUAUGGACAGGAGCAAAGUUGCGCAAGCAUGUUUGA